AUGAGUGUGGGCUGCCCAGAGCCUGAGCCACCCCACGCCUUGCCCUGCUGUGGGCCAGGGGCCGCCCCUGGACCGGGAGCUGGUGUGCCCCUUCUCACGGAAGAUAUGCAGGCGCUGACCCUCCGCACACUGGCUGCCAGUGACGUCACCAAGCACUAUGAGCUCGUCCGGGAGCUGGGCAAGGGCACCUAUGGGAAGGUUGACCUGGUGGCAUACAAGGGCACAGGCAUGAAAAUGGCACUGAAGUUUGUGAACAAGAGUAAAACCAAGCUGAAGAAUUUCCUGAGGGAGGUGAGCAUCACCAACAGCCUCUCCUCCAGCCCCUUCAUUAUCAAAGUCUUUGACGUCGUUUUUGAGACUGAGGACUGCUAUGUCUUCGCUCAAGAGUACGCACCUGCCGGGGACCUGUUCGACAUCAUCCCUCCUCAGGUCGGGCUCCCUGAGGACACGGUGAAGCGCUGUGUGCAGCAGCUGGGCCUGGCACUGGACUUCAUGCACGGGCGGCAGCUGGUGCACCGCGACAUCAAGCCGGAGAACGUGCUGCUGUUUGACCGCGAGUGUCGGCGCGUGAAGCUGGCCGACUUCGGCAUGACGCGCCGUGUGGGCUGCCGUGUGAAGCGUGUCAGCGGCACCAUCCCCUACACGGCGCCCGAGGUGUGCCAGGCAGGCCGCGCCGACGGCUUCGCGGUGGACACGGGCGUGGACGUGUGGGCCUUCGGUGUGCUCAUCUUCUGCGUACUCACUGGCAACUUUCCGUGGGAGGCGGCCUCGGGCGCUGACGCCUUCUUCGAGGAGUUUGUGCGCUGGCAGCGGGGCCGCCUGCCUGGGUUGCCAUCGCAGUGGCGCCGCUUCACAGAACCGGCGCUGCGCAUGUUCCAGCGCCUCCUGGCCCUUGAGCCUGAGCGCCGUGGGCCGGCUAAGGAGGUCUUUCGCUUUCUCAAGCACGAGCUCACAUGCGAGCUGCGGCGCCGGCCUUCCCACCGCGCGCGCAAGCCCACUGCUGGUGAUCGCCUGCCGCCUGCUGGGCCCCUACGCCUCGAGGCGCCUGGGCCACUCAAACGCACCGUGCUGACAGAGAGCAGCAGUGGCUCCCGGCCCUCGCCCCCCGCCAGCGGGCCAAUGCCCGUGCCUGUGCCCGAGGCCGGCCUGGCCCCUCCGGGACCCCAGGGCAGGACCGACGGCCGCCCAGACAAGAGCAAAGGUCAGGUGGUGUUGGCCACAGCCAUCGAGAUAUGCGUCUGA